UUUAAAUAAGGAGCAAAUUAGGAAGUUCACCUUAGUAUAUUGGCCAAGAGCAAAAGUUGUACGACCAAUAGCAGUCCCUUUUCAUAGUAUUCAUUCAAGUGCGUGAAGCUGGAGGACCAUAUAUUUGUGGUGAUGGUGCACGGCCAUGGAGGGUGUUUUGGUAAAUGUAUAGUAACUAGAAUUCGUGUAUGCUAAGUAUCCUCAAACCCCCCAACGAAACAAUCACGCACAGUCCGAAACCGAAACUCCCCGGUAUUUUCCUCGUCCUAUGUCUGAGUCUGACAUUAACAUUAUAAAUAGUACACACGCACGUACCACUCCCACCCGCCACCGUCCACAAGAAAAACAACAACGAUUCCAAAGACAACUUUGCCGUGUUCUCUAGUUGAAAAUACAACACCCCUUCCUUCUCAGUACUUUGCUCAAGUCAAUGGAAGACGAGACUCUGAGUUUUGUCCUCUCCACUGCCUCAAGAAGCUACCAAUCCAGGCUCAAGUCACACUUCGAGCUCUUCAUCGAUCUUGAUGAGGUCAAUGGGGACGAGGAGUUGAGGACAGCUUAUCCAUGCCCUUUUUGCGCUGAGAAUUUUGAUCUUCUUGAGCUAUGUUGCCAUGUUGACUUGGACCAUCCAAUAGAAGCCAAGUCUGGGAUUUGUCCUGUUUGUACCCUGUGGAUAGGGACAAAUAUGGUUCAUCAUAUAGCCGCACAACAUGGAAACCUGCUUAAGAGUCACCUCAAAUCAAAAUGCUACAAAGAUGAACCCUAUCCUGCUCUUUACUUUUCAAGUAAGGGUGAACGAGAUGGACACUGGCAAUCUUUUUCUACUGGGUUAUCUCCCACAACCUCUAAGGCAGCAAGCGAUCCAUGGCUGUCAUUUUUAUGUGGUCCAUCUGCUGUUGAUGAAUGUGAAAAUGUGCAGCCAGAUUCUUCAAGUGAAGUAAGCAUUGAAGAAAUACACUCAAAUGAUAAUGUGUUAGAAAGAGAUGUUCAACCGUCUUUAUCUGACAAAGACCAAAUAGAGAAAGCACAGCACAUUAAAUUUGUACAGGGACUUUUGAUGUCUACUAUCCUUGAUCCUGACUUCUGAUUGAGACGAUUAAGGACACCUGUCGCUACUUGCUAGUUUCAAUUCGAUGGGUAAAAACAAAGGAGAAAAAUAGUAGUUUCAACCUUGAAAAUGAUUCAUAGUCAUAGGAUCAAUGUUUCUAACUAAUCUACAUUUAGGAAUUAAAUGUAAUAUAUAUUCAAGACAAUGCUAUUUAUUAGUUCAGAUCAAUUGCGUACGCACUCUUAUAGUUUUUAAUUUUUAUAUAUUCUCUUUCAGGAUUUUGUGUC